GAGAAUUCAUAAAAUAUGAAACGGUGAAGGGGAUGAUCACGCUAUUUUCGGUUGCUACCGUGUAAUUGCCAUAUCAUGCGGUCAUCUGAACAUAAACUUUGCAUUUUGGAUAUUAUUCGGAUGCUUCUUGGGAAAAGCUUAAUAGCACCCAAGGAAACUUUUACUGGGCCGUCGUGGCGCACGUUGACGAUGAUUGGUGACCUUGGGAGGAUUGGAGAUACGGGGGAUAGGUAAUUCUCCUAUCUCGACUGUUCAUCCCAACCUACCUUGAGAGCUCGAAGGUUUUCCAAGUGGGCUGAAUUAUCAAUGGGUAGAUUGUCUCGAGGAAGAGAUUCGGGACAUCUCCACGAAGAAAGAGUAUAUGAAGUCUCCAACUUCUCGUCAAUGCCUUGGAAAAACCAUCCAGCCUCAGUCUUUCUCUUUCUAUCUCAUUGACACUUCUCAAUUCCACAGUUAAUACUUUCAAAUCUUCAAAAUGUAUAUUACCUCCCUUCUUUCCAGCCUCUUGUUGAGCUCCACUGUCGUGGGAGCAGCCACAAUCCCUCGCAACUUGGAUUCGUCCAAGAUCAUCCUCUUCGGAGAAGAUGGCCGCACAGAAAUCAUGGACAAGGCCGAAUUCUGGAAGCACCACCAUGCUUCCAACAGCACUGUAGCUCCUGGUCCUCUUAUCGGCUACAAUGGAACCUCAGGCCAUAAUCACACCUCUGGUGGCCACUACGCAUCAUCCGCUCUCAGCAAGCGUGGUUGCAAGUCAUACUCCGUCGUCACCGAAAACCCCGACCAAACCUUCUUGAACUGGGACGUGCCAAUGUCCUCCGUCGUCAAGGCAGGAGAAACUACUGCCACCGUUGCCGUCACAGAAGGAUACUCAAUUGCAAAUGCCAUCGCCGUCUCUGCUAGCGCUACUUUCACCCUCAUCGAAGAUUUCCUCCAGGCAACUUACGGCAUCACUUACACAGAGACAUGGACUUCCACCUACACUGCUGCCUACACAUACACCGUCCCAGCUGGUAAAUACGGAGUCGUCGUUUCCAACCCUUACACUACCAGAAAAUCUGGCCAUGUCGAUACUGGAUGCAUUGGUGUCGGCGGAGAGACUGAUACCUACCAAGCCGAUAGCUACACGAGCAAGGCUUAUGGAGGAUUGAGCUGGGUUUCUGGAACUAUCAGUCUUUGCACUGCAGACACUUACCCAGUCCCACAAUGUAACGGUGAUGGUACUAUCAGUUAAGCGGGAAAUGAGAUUAUCCUUGUGAAAUGGUGGUUUAAUACUAAGGUUUCUGCUGGAAUCUGUUAACAGAUUGUUGUAUGUACAAAUAGGCGGAGGAUACGGACGUGGCAGUUUGCAUGAGAAAGAUAAAUUAGGAUAAUGCAAGACUUAAUGAGAAAAAUACCCUGUGUCAAUCUUUCCCA